AUGAACAGCGGUUCGUAUGCAGGUGAGAGCAGUGAUAAGAAAAAAAAAGAAAAAAAGGGAUUCAAAGUUGAUCGUUAUGAAAAUUAUCAGCGGAAGCAACUCAAGAAACUUACAGGUAGGGAUUCUAGCAAGAACAACAACGGCAACAAAAAUGGUAGACGAGUGAAGGCAAUUGUUUUUGAUGAUACCUCCCGACGCGAGUUCCUUCUAACGAUGCACAAGCGCAAGAACGAACGGCGUGUAAAGGCGUUCGUCGACGCAAAACAAAAAAUGAGGCGUGAAAAUGCAAAGACACGUCGUGCUCAACGCGAGGAGGCACGACAAGCCUAUAACCGCUUUGCCGCAGUUCCUAUUUUGCCUAAUUUCACGUACCAGUUGCCACGUGAAAAUGAAGAUGAUAUCAGUGAAGAAGGGGAGGAUGAGGAUGAGGAGCAGGGUGUAAUGCUGGAUAAUGAAACUUUAGAGGGAGACACUACCACUACUAUUGCCGCGAAAGGAAACAGCAAACGUCGCCGUAUUCUAGCAGCAGAAAAGACAGUACAUGUUAUGCCGAGCACCAUGCUAGGGGAAAACGAUGAAACAGAACCAUCAGCAUCAAUUUCUCACUGCAGCAAUCGCAUAGAUGAUGAUUACGUAACUGUGGAAGUGAAACCACUAUUUGGAAAGCCAACUGCAACUUACACAGAUGCUACUGGUACUAGUGUGAGAACCACUUCUGCGCUGCCGUCUAAUGACUUUUCCGAUCUUCCUGAGGUGGUAGAACAGGAACUACUACGGCUUAAGAAGGAAACUAAAGGAGCCGCUAAGACAAAGCCGCGCUCGCAAACGCUAAAGGUGCUAGAAAAAAUUCGAAAGAUCAAGAAACACUCACGGAAAGGACAUGGUAAAAAAACGGCAAAGGGAAAGAGACGUAAUCGUUGA